AUCCUCUUGAUCAUCGCUUCUGUUAUCGGGAUCAUUGUUUACAGGCUGUCAGUGUUCAUUGUUUUUUCUGCAAAACUUCCUUCAAGCACCAAUGGGACAGACCCAAUACAGAAGUAUCUGACGCCUCAGAUGGCCACGUCCGUCACCGCCUCCAUCAUCAGCUUUAUCAUUAUCAUGAUUCUGAACACCGUGUAUGAGAGAGUGGCAAUCAUGAUCACCGACUUCGAACUCCCAAGGACCCAGACUGAUUAUGAGAACAGCCUCACCAUGAAGAUGUUCUUGUUCCAGUUUGUCAACUACUACUCCUCCUGUUUCUACAUCGCAUUCUUUAAGGGCAAAUUUGUAGGCUAUCCCGGAGAGCCAGUGUAUUGGCUGGGAAAGUACAGAAAUGAAGAGUGUGACCCAGGUGGCUGUCUCCUUGAACUGACAACCCAGCUGAUAAUAAUCAUGGGAGGAAAAGCAAUCUGGAAUAACAUACAAGAAGUGUUACUUCCCUGGAUCAUGAAUCUAAUUGGACGGUACCAAAGAGUUUCGGGAUCCGAGAAUACAACCCCACGAUGGGAACAGGAUUACCAUUUGCAACCUAUGGGCAAACUGGGAUUGUUUUAUGAGUAUCUUGAGAUGAUUAUUCAGUUUGGGUUCGUCACCUUAUUUGUGGCCUCUUUUCCACUGGCUCCUCUGUUGGCUCUGGUGAACAAUAUAUUGGAAAUAAGAGUGGACGCAUGGAAAUUGACUACACAGUAUAGACGCAUGGUGCCAGAAAAAGCCCAAGACAUCGGCGCGUGGCAACCCAUCAUGCAAGGAAUAGCAUUCCUGGCCGUGGUGACCAAUGCCAUGAUCAUUGCUUUCACAUCAGACAUGAUCCCUCGCCUGGUAUAUUACUGGUCCUUCUCCAUCCCUCCCUAUGGGGACCAUACUUACUACACCAUGGAGGGAUACAUCAAUAACACUCUCUCCGUCUUCAAUGUCAUGGACUUCAAAGACAAAAGCAAGGACAAUCCAUACACUGGGCUUGGCAACUAUACCACUUGCAGGUAUCGUGACUUCCGAAACCCACCAGGACACCCACAAGAGUAUAAACACAAUAUCUACUAUUGGCAUGUAAUUGCUGCUAAGCUGGCUUUUAUCAUUGUCAUGGAGCAUGUCAUCUACUCUGUGAAGUUUUUCAUUUCAUAUGCAAUUCCAGAUGUAUCAAAAAGCACGAAGAGCAAGAUCAAGAGAGAGAAAUACCUAACCCAAAAGCUGCUGCAUGAGAGUCACAUCAAAGAUAUGACCAAGCACAUGGGAGUUAUAGCUGAGCGGAUGGGGGAAGUGGCGGAUAACAGUUUACGACCAAAAUUAGAAUAAGGGCUUUAUGUCCUGAGAAGCACUUUCAAGAAUUUCAUUCUUUUCAAAAUGUACUGCGAAUCACUAAUGAGAAUGUUUAAGUUAAAUCACGUCAGCAAAUACAAGUCCUAACUAUUGCCGUUUUCAUGUAUAGUAUUUUUCAGUUUCAGCUGGCCAUGCAGGAACUGGAAAAUGUAAAACCUAGAUCAAGAAGGGCACAAAACUCAACACCUGGAAAGCCAGAAUGUUACCUUUUUUUUUUUUUUUGAGAAAUUGGAAUUUAAGUAAUGUGAGUAAUGCAGAAGUCCUUCAGAGUGCUUAAAAAUCAUCCCUUCAAAGGCAGAGGGAUUUUUUUUUUUUCCCUUUUUGAUCACUUUCAUUCUUUCCACUUCUGAAACACAUGAUCACCUUUAUUUUUAGUCACUGUUCCUCACUUUGCCAAAUCUGUUCCAGAGUUAUCGUUUCCUCAUAGUACCAUCAAAGACACCAGACAUGCUACCGCCUUAAUAGCUUCUGUGCGAUUAAAAAUAACUAACUCAGAAUUGAGUUUGAAUACUAUGUUAAGUGGCAGAUAAACUCGAUAUGUAAGUGAAUUAUCACAGCCCCACAGAAAGGAAAUCUCAUUUAAUAAGAAGUUUCAGUCUUCAUUUUGGCCUGCCCCUUGCAUCUCACAGAAAUAUACUUAGUGGAUUGGGAUGAAGAUAGUAGGGUUUUGAAGCAUAUUUGUAUUAAUCCUCCAUGACACCUUUUUCUUCUGGGCAUACUCCUAGAAUGCCCUGUGCCUAAUCAAUGUUGACUGCUUUGCAGCUCUCAAGGGAAUAAGAUGACAAAAGUAAGGAAAAGUAAGUAAUGAUCUGGAUAAUUAAUUUACCUCUCCUAAAUAUGUGUAAUUUCUUAGGGAAAAUGAUGAUCAAAUGAUUACAAUUACAGUUUUAUCAACAUAAUGGUCUAAAAAAGGAUAAGCUCAUCAGUUUCCCAACUGUUGACUUUUGUUCACUAGAGAGAGGAGAAAUGUUCUUACAAAUCACCAAGCGCCUUCCUGAAUGCCUUACUCCAUAACCCUGUGGCAUGGUCAGAGGGACAGCGACUGCCCAGUUGUGAGCCUUGCUGUCCUGGUUCUUGUGUGGGGAGCUCAUUUCAUCAAGAAUCCUACCUUUCUGUAUUCCAAAGUGACCAGCAUACCAAAGCACCUGCCACAAGGAACGAACAUGGCUGCCUACACCUUCCGUCCUCUUAUUCUAGCCCCAGUAAUUCCUUUGUGAUUGUGUUUGCACUAGAGACCAGAGUCUACCCACGUUGUAGCUAAUCAAAAAAGACUCAGGAUUUAAUUUGAGCUUCCAACUUCCUUUAGGGCCAAUCAAGCAGUGAAGGGGUAAAAAGAAUGGAUUGGUCAUAAGCCCUACCAUCACCUGGAGGCCACAGCCUGCUGAAUCCUAUACCACAAUGCCUAUCUUGCUCAGCCUCGAGGUCUCCUGUGCUUCAUCACAUGUGGGGCUGAAAAAAACACAGGCCUCAACCUCUCAUCCUUCACUGGUACAGGUCAGUGCUGGGUGAAAAAAGAGGUGACUUGACCAUGAUUGUAUUGGAUGGGCCUCUACCUAUUGGGACACUGUUAAAUGCUCAACUGUCUCAGGAGCAACCUCCCAGAAUCCUGCAGCACAGGAAAGUGAAACACAUUUCAAGCAAUCAGAUUCUAGAGGCUUGUUAUAGUAAAAGUAGCUUAGCUCCAGCUCACAAUUUUAAAUACCUGCCAUGAAUGUUUUAAAUUGAAAAAAAAAGAAGACCACAUGCAUAAUUUGUCAAAGCAGUAUUCUGGGCUUUUCCCAUGAAUGGAAACACCAAUUCUCCAUCUUUCUUGAAUGUAUGUUAGUGGUACAGUCAGAGUCCAAGACAGGCCACAUGAGGUGCAGCUGUCCUGGGAUGGGGAGAUGGAGGCCUCCCACCUUCCCAUUCCACACAGCCUAGAUGAGGUCCCACUGUUCUUCCCCCACCCUGUGUGAGAUGAUCCUAGAGGUAUACAUCGCUUCCGUUCUCAUUACCUCUUCUUCCGAAGUGUGUGACCAUCUAGCAGUGGAUUGGGCAAUUGCUCACUGUUUAUGUCACCAUAGAAAGAACAUGUUUUUACCUUAUCUCUUUGUAUAUAUGACAUGAUUUCAAAAGAAAUGUGUAUUUAUGUGUUCGUAACCCCUGUAAGAGAAUCCUUUUCAGUUUAAAAUGUGCUGCUGUGGACAGGAACAACAAAAACCCUCUAUAUCUAUAAAGGCAGAAAACAUGAUGUCUGACCCUGCCAAAUGCCCAAAAGAGUUGGAGUGGAGACCAGGGUCCCUCAUGACAUCAACAGUGGUCAGAUGCAUCCAAUGUUGAGUGGUCAGUGGUUGAGAAAAAUGGGGUGGGGGAGCGGUGUGUGCAGAUUGUAGCAGGCUGCAUCUGUAAAUAGGAAUGGAGGCUGCUCCCUUCCCCAGGAAAACCACAGGGCAUGAGAAUGGGCCUGUGAAGGAAGGAUCUAGCCCUUGACCUUGACCUGUCCAGUGUUAACCACUAGAGAAAUUUUAACUUUAUGUCUUUUUGAAUAUCCUGUGAAUUUUAAUGGAAUGAAGCCUUAGACCAAAAACUCGGGAUUUUUCUUUAAACAUCCCUCAGAUAUUUUAGAUAUUUCAUUUUAAGUGGAAAGCCAUCAUUUUUGUUUGGAGACUAAACAAGGCCAUCCUGUAAAAUGUUUGUCACCUAUCUCUCCCCUUUUUAUUGCUUAUGUAUCUUGAAUUUCAUAGAACAUUAGUUCACAAUAGGGGGCAGAAUGUCAUCUGUUGGUAAAACAUUUCCUGUUCCAUUUUCUUGUGUUCAUAUUAUAAUGUGUUUGAAAAGUUAAAAUGUAUGAGUAUCUUAAUUAAGGUAGAACUUAAAUAUGUUGCUUUUCAUACACUGUGGCAUAAGAUGUAAAGUUUGUAAUUAAUGUUUGUUGAUUUCUAUGCAUUUUAAUAUUCUUUUAUA